AUGGCCGCCGAGCCCCAUCGAUCGCGAUGGGCACCGAUCACAGGCCGAGGCCGGCGACGUGCCUCACAAUCACGUACCUCGAAAAAGGCGCCUACGCUAUCUAAGAGGCAUGAGCAGAUCCUUGCGAAUGAUACGCUGGAGACGCAAGUGCAGAAUGAAAUGUCGCCCUUUCCACCGGCGUCUUGGGACCAUGUAUCUCGAAGAAGUGUGCCGGAGAGUGUACAAGCACGCUAUGUUGCAGAGUAUCGAUUACCCACGCUACGUGAUGUGUGCCUGAAACGCGCUGCGCAGUAUUUCUCGACACAUAUUCUGCCGACGCCCGACGUGCUGGACACGUUGCGCCUCGUCGAAGAAGGCGGUAAAGCGCCACCUAAGAAGCGAGUACGUGUACAGCGGCAGAAGGACGAUUAUAUACCGGAUGAGGAUGAAGGGGACGGCGAUGCGAGGGAUGCCGGGCGGGCAAUCAUGGAAGAGCCUCGGUCGUACCAAGAAGCGUUGUGGUGGUAUGAAGCCAAUGGCAUGCACCUAAAAUGCCUGCCUUCUGCGCUGAUAGAUGAGCUCUAUGACUUACUGUGUGAAUAUGCCCCACGUUCACUGACCAAGGAGGUGAUUCAGGCGUACUUUAUGCCCUACCCUACCACCUCGACCCAGAGAGCGCGAGUUCGCCGACGAUUGUUUUUCCCGGCUUCCCUCCCCCUUUUUUCGCAAGAUACCAAGUGUGCAUCACUCUUGCUGGCGAGCCUUACAGGUACGCUUGCACUUAGUGAUGAUGCGGCGUUGCUCGCCAGUGGCCUACGUGAGCUUCGUUUCCCUGGCCUGACGCGUCUAUCGCCCAUGUCUUUGAUCCGACUAUUCAAAGCGCCGAAACAGCCUUCAGCAUGGCGCCUUACGCAGGUAUGCCUACCCGGCUGCCUAUCUAUGAACGAUACUGUCGUGCAAACGCUGGUCGCAGUGUCAGGCGCUACGUUGGAGCAUGUGGACUUGACGAUGACGAGUGUAUCGCCCGAGAGUCUGAUGGCACUGGGUAUGCAUUGCCCCGUGUUAUCCGUUUUGAAGCUCGCAUGGUGCGAAGGAUUUACGGACGAUAGUGUCGCUGCGAUGGUCAGUGAGUGUGUUGCGCAAUGUACCCAGGCCACGCCGCCCAGCAUUCCGUUUCAGCGUCUGACGACGUUGGAUGUAUCGCACACGCUUAUGGGCGACGUGGCUGUAGGCGGGUUGUGCCGUAUGAGCGGGCGGCAUGUGCGUUCGUUGGAUGUGAAUUACACGCGGGUCGGCGAGAGUGGCGCGCUGGACGUGCUGUCGAUGGGGUUAGGGUUGGGCCCUCUUUCGCAGCUAUGCCAUACGACGUCGCAGAUCUGUCAUUUGGGCUUGGCAGGGCUGUGUGUGUCAGGCAUAUCGCUCGUCCAUUUUCUGCACAAGUGGCUACCGUACCCAUACGAGGACGACCGAACACCCAGCCAGCUGCGCUCUCUCAAUCUUGAUGACAUGGUGGAGUAUGCACGUCGGCACCAAACAUCGCUACAAGGGCGACGUGGUUUGUCAGGCGAUACUAUGUACAUGCUAGCUAGCAUGAUCGAAGCACAAAGUCAAGGGCAUGCGCCGAUGGCAUGUGUCCGUAUGAAUGGGGAGAAACGUAGUGCAUGGGUAUCCAGUCACUGGGUCCUUCCACGCGACCAAGUCAUGAUCCCCACGUCAUACACGUUGGGCGAUGCCAUGUAUAAACUGAUGGCACAUACAAAUACGCUGCAUCUAGGUGGUCUUGAUAUGCCUGUAUCGCAUUUGGAUCCAAGUAUGCCUGCGCCGCCGCUACCGGAACGAACGCAGCGCUGCUUGGCCGAGCUGCAUCUCCCCUCUACGGGUCUGCGAGACGAUGCAGCACACUACAUCGCGUCCUGGACAGGCGCUCUGACCUCCUUGUACUUAGACGACACGCUGGUGACGUGCGAGGGCGUGGAUGCAUGGAUCGACGCGAAUCCACGUUUGGCCUUGCUGAGUCUCUCGCAAUGCCGUGGCCUGCCUGUGCGUCGCCGUCGGGGGUACUUUGCGUAG